AUGCAAUAUGUCCGCUUCGGUAACACGGGUAUGAAGGUAUCGCGAUUCUGUUUAGGAUGUAUGUCAUAUGGAUCGUCCAAGUGGCUAGCCUGGGUAAAGGAUGAAGAAGAAUCACUUGAAUUGAUUGGUAAAGCGUAUAAAGCUGGUAUCAACUUCUUUGAUACUGCCAAUAUGUACUCAAAUGGGGAGAGUGAACGCGUUUUGGGCAAAGCUAUAAAGAAGUUCAAUAUGCCAAGAUCUCGUAUCGUUAUUGCUACCAAGCUUUUCUUUCCUGUCAUAGCUGAAAAGGCCCAUGGCGAUGAGCUUGAAGGCGUUAAUGACAAAGGACUGUCCCGCAAGCAUAUCUUUGAUGCUGUGGAUGCUUCCCUCAAGAGACUGGAUGUUGAUUACAUUGACCUUUAUCAAAUUCAUCGAUUUGACCCUGAAACGCCACUUGAAGAGACCAUGGAGGCUUUAAAUGAUUUGGUUCGCUCUGGUAAAGUCCGAUAUAUUGGCGCUAGCUCAGGUUACGCAUGGCAAUUCCAAAAGGCAAAUGCUAUUGCUGAAAGAAGAGGGUGGGCCAAGUUUGUGUCUAUGCAAAACCUGUAUAAUUUACUUUAUCGCGAAGAAGAACGAGAGAUGGUUCCUUAUUGUCAAGACAGUGGUAUUGCUAUUAUUCCUUGGUCGCCUUUGGCUAGAGGCUUAUUGACUGGCAAGAACAGAGAGUCCAUCCGCUUACAAAUGGAUGGAUACAUACCGGCUCUCUUCCAAGACAGGCAAGCCCAGAACAACGAUGAAAUUAUUGACAGGGUCAUUGAAUUAGCAAAGAAAUACAAUCGUCCGCCAGCUCAGAUUGCUUUAGCAUGGAUGUUAUCCAAGCCAUACAUCACUUCUCCAAUUGUUGGUGUUGGUAAAGAAUCACAUUUACAUGAUUUACUUUAUGCUCUGGAAGUUAAGCUAAGUAAUGAAGAUAUUAAAUACCUUGAAGAAAUAUAUACUCCUCAUGAAGUAGCCCGUGUCUAA